CGAUCGGUCGUGAGAGCCGGACCCGUGCUCAACCUAUUUUAAAUUUUCUUUAUAACCAUCGACGCAAACUGGCUUAUCAUUUUUGUCGCCCUAGCGCUUCUGUAACCACCGCCGCCGCCUUGUUAGGAGCUGCAGCGGAGAUGCCUUCGUUCAAGACUUUCCGGAUCAAGAAGAAGCUCGCGAAGAAGAUGAGGCAGAAUAGGCCUAUACCUCAUUGGAUUCGUAUGAGAACAGACAACACCAUUAGGUACAACGCCAAGCGCAGGCACUGGCGCCGCACCAAGCUAGGGUUUUAAGGAGGCCCUUUCAUUCCUCCCUUAAGGGGAUGGGUUUAACGUUUCUGCUUUCCCUUUGGUUUAUUGUAUGAGCAAUGAUUUAAAUUUCAGUUUUUGUACCUAAGAAAUAUUUCUAGGUUUGAGCAUCUCCUGUCAUUUUAUGAGCUGCAGUCUGUUAUUAUGCUAUUUCAUAUGCUGGUAAAUUCGGGAUUUUUCUUCGACCGUUGUCUGAUUAAUAUGGGCUUACCGUUGAUUGUUUCUUUC